UUUCUUGUCAAUGGACUUGUGUUUGCAGUCGCUGGAACUACUUUGGGAUGAGCUGUCGCAGAAAAUGGCCGCUGAUGCUCUUGAGCCGUUAAAUGGGUACUGUGCGCAGUUCGCGGACCUCAAGGCAAAAAUCGCCAAACGAAGCCGGAAGCUCGUGGACUACGACAGCAUCCGUCAUAGCUAUGAAUCGACCAAACUUUCGGCGAAGAAGCCGGACGACCCAAAACUCAUGAAGGCGAAAGAAGAGCUCACAGAAACGAAAAAGUUGUAUGACGAUAUCAAUCAAGAACUGGGGGAAAAACUUCCGUCGCUUUAUGAUGGUAGGUACUCGUUCUGCGUAAAUCAUCUGCAAACCCUGCUUGGAAUUGAGGGCAAUUUCCAUACUGAAUCUGCAAAGGUAAUAUAUGUCCGCACCGAUGAUCACACGGAGAACUCCGUAGCCGUAGCUGCAGCACCGGCAGUGACUGCCACCAGUCAAGCAGUCGUCGCGGCGGCGGACAAGACGGCGACCGUUAACAAAACCGCGGCUCUGCCCAACGUCCUGUUCAAGGUUCGUGCCACGCAUCGGUAUUCAGCCGAGGACACCGACGAGUUAAGUUUCGAAGCAGGAGAAAUCAUCCUCGUUGUGCCUUAUGAUGAUCCUGAAGAUCAGGAUGAAGGCUGGCUCAUGGGUAUUAAAGAAGGAACGGAAGAAAAAGGUGUAUUCCCCGUUAAUUUUACGAAACCCGUCUAA